AUGACUUUCAGCCGCAGCGGGGGUCUCGCUGCCCGCAACUUCAGGCCUUGUCUACCCCAGAAUCGCCUCCGCAUUCGCUCCACCCUACCUCCGCUCUUGUCCCGGAGAUUCCAUGCCAGCUCUCUACUAUGGGGGAUUAAGUCCCAAGUUCUAAAGGAUGUUGGCGAGGGCAUCACCGAAGUCCAGAUCAUUCAAUGGUACGUGGAAGAAGGGGCUCAUAUUGAGGAAUGGAAGCCCUUGUGCCAAUAUCAGUCGGAUAAAGCUGUCGAUGAUGUGAGUCCUGCCUCAUUUUAUGAUACAGUGCCUACGGGAAGGGCACUCUGCGACAUCGAAGUUGCGGAUGGAAAAUACCCCGAUGAUAACCCGCCGCACGAAUCAAGGGCAGAGCCGUCUGAACCUACUCCAGCCCCCGAGGUCCCAGCUCCAACUCAAGCAGCCGAGUCCUCUCCAGUAACCCCUCCUCCUACCAAUGUUCUGGAUGAGACACCGAAGACAAAGCAUGCAUCCCUUGCAGUUCCCGCAGUACGCGGGCUAUUGAAGAGCCACGGCGUGAACAUCCUCGAAGUCAACGGGACCGGCAAAGACGGGCGGGUGAUGAAAGAAGAUGUGUUGAACUUCGUAGCCCAGAGAGACUCUCCAGCGGCUCCAACAUCGGUGCCCGCGCCAGUGUCGGGCUCACCAGACACACGGCAAUCAGAGUCAAUUGUCAACCUGACCCCGAUCCAAUCACAGAUGUUCAAGACGAUGACCAAAUCCCUGAACACCCCACACUUCCUCUACGCCGAUGAACUCAAAGUCAACGACAUCACCGCCAUCCGCAAGAAGCUCGCCAGCGACAAACGCGAUCCUACCAAAAUCACCUUCCUCCCCUUCGUUGUCAAGGCCGUCUCACAGGCUCUGACCGAGUUCCCAAUUCUCAACUCGAAAGUUGAUGUCACCGACCCCGCAAAGCCAAAGCUAGUCAUGCGCGCCAAGCACAAUAUCGGUAUUGCUAUGGAUACGCCGAACGGUCUGAUUGUUCCGAACAUCAAGGACGUCGCCAGCCGCUCGAUCUUCGACAUUGCCGCGGAGAUUGCGCGGCUGAGUGCCCUUGGUAAUGCUGGCAAGUUGACGCCCGCUGAUCUCAGUGGUGGCACUAUCACCGUGUCGAAUAUCGGCAAUAUCGGAGGUACAUACGUGGCUCCGGUGAUUGUGCCAACGGAGGUGGCUAUUCUCGGCGUGGGUAAGUCUAGAACUGUGCCGGUCUUUGAUGAGGAUGGACAGGUUACACGCGGGGAUAUGGUCAACUUCAGUUGGAGUGCGGACCACCGUGUCAUUGAUGGUGCGACAAUGGCAAGGAUGGGUACCAGGGUUAAGGACCUGGUUGAGUCGCCCGAGCUCAUGCUUCUAAACCUCAGGUAA